GUAAACCAGCAGGUUAUGGAGGCAGUAGGCGUUCCUCUUCUACUAGGGGAAUAGUGGAUGAAUGCUGUUUCCAGAGCUGUGACCUGAUACGGCUGGAGAUGUACUGUGCUCCUGUCAAGCCGCCUAAAUCUGCACGAUCUCUACGUGCUCAGCGACACACUGAUAUGCCUAAAGCACAAAAGGAAGUGCACUUGAAGAACACAAGUAGAGGAAACACAGGAAACAAGAACUACAGAAUCCCAAACCCCAAAGCGCUCCACCGACACAAGCCACAUUGAGGACCAGAGCCUUAAGCAAGGAACUUGCCUGCGUCAAACUAACCCAGGGGCAAGUUUCCUGACAAUAGAGAGUCAACUUUUACUUUGAGGUAUGACAGAAUGACUCUUGACACAUUUCUCACGAAUUCAAUUGCAUCCCAAGAAGAAUAUCAAAACUACCAGCUGGUGUCUUACGGCAUUUUUUUUUAAAAUUAGUAUUGCUACCUAAAAGAAAGAUUCUUCAAUGCAAGAUUUGUAUUUCUUUUAUUUUUGAAAAAAGCAGAAUGUUAUGGGGUAUGUUUUACAUACUUUGGAGAAAGUUCGAAGUGAGGCAUUUUUAAUGCAUCCCAAGAGGUUUCGGUAACAAAACUUGAUGCAUAUUUGCAAUGUCAAUUGCCUCUAACCACUUGCAUAAGUUCUGCAUAAUCUUCUCUGCAAGCUAACAUGACUGAGGAUGGGCUAACACCUACAUGGGUGACCUCUUACAAAUCUAGCAUAUAUCAUAAGUAGCCCUCCGAUUUAUGAACAUUCUUAUUUUUUUAACUGCCAAGGUGCUAAAUGUUGAGAUUAAUGUUGAUGUAUUUCCCUUGUGAUCAUAUAUUUCCCUUGUGGUCAAGGAGAGAAGCAACCUAGAAGUAAGGAGAAAUUUCCUGACAGGGAGGACAAUAAAGCAGUGGAACAA